AUGCCAAAGGUGAUGUUUUUGGCAGUCACGGCGAAGCCGCGUGCAGAGUACGGCUUUGAUGGGAAAGUAGGCAUGUGGCCUUUCACAGUUGUACGAAAGGCCAAACGCAGCCAUGCCAAAACAGGCACAGUGGCUGGUGAAACGGACAUCAUCGAGAGCGUGACUGUGACUGCUGAAGAGUACAGGCACACGAUGCUCAAGAAGAACGGUGUGUUUUGCAAACUGCGAGAGAAGAUGUGGUGGUUCGGGAAGAAUGCCGGCACUCCAGAGGCUGGAACGACACUAUAUUAUCAGCACGAUGGAGCCAGGCCACAUACAGCAAAAGCAAACGAAGCGCACUGGUCGCGACAUGGACAGAAGUCGGGAUUCUCCAUCGAUGUCGUCGUCCAGCCUGCACAAUCACCCGACCUGAACGUGAACGACCUUGCCUUCUUCUCCAGCUUGCAAAGCGAUACGGAGCUGGUAGCGAAGCGGAAUGUGUUUGACCUUGUGGCAGCUGUCGAGAAAUCGUGGGCAGAGUACCCUCAAGAGCGAAUGGAAGCUGUGUGGAGAGUACUGUACGCAUCGUUCAAAGGAAUCGUGACAGCUCGCGGUGACAACUCGUACAGCCAUCACACAGGUAGUCGAGCGGCUCACUCUGCAUCGUCCAGGAGAGGGGAAAGUCACGACAGGAGGUUUCCUCAAGCAGAGAUCGAUCAGGCCACGGCUGUGAGAGACACUCUAAGCCAGCAAUUGGAAACAGGAGUUGAAGGAGUCGUGUCAACCUCCAGCGCUCAUGAGGACACUGAUGACGAGUAA